AGGCGUCCAAGGGAAGCCCCAACAACCUCCGUCGACGGCAGAGGACAUGAGUUGAAGCCUCUCCAAGGGCCACCGCGUCUCCAUGGCCUUGGCGAUGGAUGGCUUCGAUGCCGACAGCCUUUUCAACACGCCUUGUCUCGGGUACCAGCUCGAGGACCUCUUGGCCCUGCCUGCGCCCGCCGCGACCACCGAAGUGGAGGUCACCUUAGCCACUCAGCUCUCCAAGAACAUUGUGCUGAACAGCCCGUUGGUUGCCGCACCCAUGGACACCGUCACGGAGGGACGCAUGGCCAUUGCCUGCGCGUUGAUGGGGGGUCUUGGCCACUCGGUGAGACGGUGCUUCUUGUUACUACUAGUAAGGCACUUGUUACUACUAGUAAGGCACUUGUUUCUAAUAGCUUCUUGUUCUCUCAACGACCCAUACAGUGGCAGAUGUUGAUCGGAUCAGGCAAGAGCAUGAUGUCUCCACCGUUUGCAUCACCGACAUGGGAAUGAUGGGGAAUCGGUUUCUGGGUAUUGUCACCAGUCGCGACAUCGAUUUCAUUGAGGAUCGCUCCGUGCGACUCUCUGAGGUGAUGACACCCAAGGCGAAAUGCCUGACAGCUUGCGAACCCAUUUCCUUGGGAGAGGCCCUCCAAAAGCUCGUCCAAAGUAAGAAGGGCAAGCUGCCCAUCCUGAAUGAGGAUGGUGAGCUGGUGGCUCUUGUGACGAGGUCGGACCUGAAAAAGCUCAAAGACUUCCCAAACGCCGCCAAGGAUGCGAAUCGACAGCUGCUGGUGGGCGCCGCGGUGGAGCCGAAGGUCUCCGAGAUGGAGCGCGUGCAGCGGUUGGUCGAGGCGGGGAUGGAUGUGCUCUUCUUGGAGGCUUCCCGAAGCCGCUUGGAGGAGCAAGCGGAGUUCAUCCGCAAGGUGAAAUACCAGUUCCCCGGCUUGGACGUCGUGGCCGGCAACGUGGUCACUCCCAAGCAGGCCUCUCCGUUGAUCCAAGCGGGUGCUGACGCACUGCGUGUCGGCAUGGGCUGCAGUAGCCUGGACUCUUUACCAGAGGCGCCCGCUGUGGGACGGCCCUUAGGCAGUGCAGUGUACCACGUGGCUCGCUAUGCCAGUGAGUUUAAGGUGCCGGUGAUAGCCGAUGGAGGUGUUGCGACCAGUGCAGCGGCGACUAUCGCCCUGGCGCUUGGUGCCUCUGCUGUCAUGUGCGGAUUGCUGUUGGCGGGAACCACCGAAAGUCCUGGAGAUGCCUUCUAUCAUGAUGGCUCCAGGCUGAAGCUCUACAAAGGCAUGAGCUCAUUAGAGGCGCCCGUUUCGGAGAGGGGCUAAGAAAUAUAGCCAGCAGGGUGAGGAUGCAGGCCUAAAGAGGUUUGAUGGCGGCUGCUGUUGUGCGGUGGUGGACCGAGGGCCUGCCAAACCUCUCAUAGCUGCCAUGCUGGAUGGCGUAAGAAAGGAUUUCAAAAGGUUGGGUGCUCAAACAGUCAAGGAAUUGCACGAAGAUCUCUACACCAUGAAGACUCGCUUCCAAGUGCGCUCGGCCGCGGCCUUUACGGCUGGGCGCAGAGGCGCCUUGGCGUGAGGCGGAGGAAAGACAAGGAGUAUGGGAUGUAUAUGGAUCUGAAGCUGUAGGAUUGAGCAUCAGUUGUUUUCAUUGUUUUGCAGCCUCAAUGUAGGAUGCAAAGCAGAUCUUUCACCCGUUUCUGUGUCACCCCUCUUGGAUUGGCUUGCAGCAAAAUAAGG